CCUCAGGGUUAAUCUCUUCAUAAACAGACACCGUAGUUUCAAAGCUGUGGAACCAGAAACACCAGAAACGGGUGACGGAUGUGUGGACAUUUACAGAAACCCUGCAGGGGAGGAGCUGACUGAUCUGCUCUUUAACUCCUGCGUCUGUGAGGGCGAUCAGCACACUCGACAUGACAACACAGACAGUCAGAGACAUGGCCUCUAUGCCGUUUGAGGUCCAGUUCAGGUGCUGCAUCUGCCUGGACACCUACGUCGACCCCGUCUCCAUCCCGUGUGGACAUAACUUUUGCCUGGACUGCAUCGAAGGCUACUGGGACACGAAGGACAAUCCGGAGUGUCCGCUGUGCAAAGAGACGUUCAGAGAACGCCCGGACCUCAGGAUCAACCGAGGAUUCGAGGAGAUGGUUCGAUUACUGGAAAGGCCUCAGCCGGACCUACCGGAACCAGAGGAGCAUCUCUCCGAGGGCGAGGAGGUCCCCUGCGAUAUCUGCCAGGGAGACAAGUCCACGUCCGUCAAGUCGUGCCUGGUGUGCCAGACGUCCUACUGUGAGCUGCACCUCGCGGCACACCGCAGGAAUCCAGCGCUGCAGAAACACAGGCUGACGGAGCCGGCCACAUUUCCCAGCAACCACCUGUGCAGGAAGCACAACAAGCCACUGACGAUGUUCUGCAAGACAGACCAGAUGCCCGUGUGUGUGAAGUGUUCAGAGAGGGAUCAUAAACACCACGAGAGCGUCCCCAUGGAGAAAGAGAGCAAGAGGAUCAAGGCCAGUGUGAUGGGAACGCAGGCCGACAUUCAACAGAUGAUCCAAGCCAGGCUGAGGAAAAUGAAGCAGAUCAAAAAAUCUGUGUAUCUGAGCAAAGCGGUCACAGAGAGAGAGAUUCAGGGCAGCACUCAGGUCUGCGCCACGCUGAUCAGCGCCAUCGAGCUGCAGCAGGACGAGCUGGUCACGGAGCUCAGGGAGACGCAGGACGAGGCCGAGAGGAGAGCCGAGGAGCUGCUCAACCAGCUGGAGCAGGAAAUCAACGAGCUGCAGACGAGGAGCAGCGAGCUGCAGCACCUGGAGCUCACUCUGAACCCUCUGCACCUCCUGCAGAGCUUCCCGUCUCUGAGUAAACUGCCCUCCACCAGAGAGUGGUCCGAGGUCGCGGUGCACUCUGAUAACUGCAUGGGGACGGUGAGGCGAGGCGUCCUGAAGCUUGUGGACGUCUGCCAGGAUCUUGCUGACAGGCUGUCUGCAGAAGGUCAGCCAUCUUUGGCAGCAAAUGAUCGUCGACUUCUGGAGAUUACUGUGAACGGCAAGUGCAUGAAAGUAACCGUUGUCUUCUCUUUGUUUGCAGAAGCAGACAAGAUGAAUCAGUACGCAGUCGAUAUCACUCUGGAUCCUGAGACGGCUUCAGGCUGGCUGGUGCUGUCUCCAGACAGAAAGAAGGUGAGCAUCACCAGCCAGAAGAAGAGGGUGGCGCUCCCCGACAGCCCUCAGCGCUUCGACUCCUGCGUCUGCGUGUUGGGGAAACAGAGCUUCACAUCUGGGAGACGCUACUGGGAGGUUCAGGUUGGAGAUAAAACAGACUGGGAUCUGGGCGCGGCCAGGGAGUCCAUCAACAGGAAGGGCGCCAUCACGGUGCGUCCCGACAGCGGUUACUGGGCCAUCUGCCGGCGUAAAGGCGGCAGUCUGAGCGCCUGCACCAGCCCAUCCGUCGCCCUCCACCUCCAGGAAACUCCCCAGAGGGUCGGCGUCUUCCUGGACUACGAGGAAGGGUCGGUGUCCUUCUACGACGCAGAGGCGAAGACGCACAUCUACACGUACAGCGGGUGUGCGUUCACCGAGGCGCUCUACCCGUACUUCAACCCCUGCGUGCCAGACAACGGGAAGAACACGGCGCCGCUGACGAUCUGUCCUGUUGAGGAAGGAGUCAGGGAAGGAGAAGACAUUUCCAUCGAGUUGGACGUGUAAAAGCGUGUGGUAGACCGAUGUUUUAGUUCUUGAUCAAGAACAUUUUUAAACCACUUUUGGUUUGACGCACAUUGCACUGUAACAGUUGAUCAACGCUGACCUGCAACAGGCCGAAAAGCACGAGUUAUUUCUGUCUUGCCUAAAAGAUGUGGAUGAGGCUUUUAAUCUUUGUGACAACAGGAAUUGUUUUUUUUUGUUUUUUUACAGUUUUUAACCGUUAAAAUACUCAAACGAAUCUGUGCAGAAUGAUUCCAGACUCGUGUGUAUAAAUGUGUAGAAAAUAGCCUAAAUAAUUAAUAAAUAAAUGUAAAUAAUGUGACAUACAAAUUGUGAAAGUG